CCAAGACCUACGACCCUCCAUACUAACCCCCAGGUAACGCGCCAAACACCGUCAAUAUGCGUACCUACGACGACUCCUUCAGCGGUCAGAAGAUCUACCCGGGCAAGGGCAAGCUCUACGUCCGCAGCGACAACAAGAUCUUCCGCUUCCAGAAUGGAAAGUCCGAGUCGCUUUUCCUGCAGCGCAAGAAUCCCCGCCGGAUUGCGUGGACGGUGCUUUUCAGGAGGCAGCACAAGAAGGGUAUCUCUGAGGAGGUAGCCAAGAAGCGCACCCGCCGCACCGUCAAGCACCAGCGUGCCAUCGUCGGUGCCUCCCUCGACGUGAUCAAGGAGCGCCGUUCCAUGCGCCCCGAGGCCCGUUCCGCCGCCCGCGCCGCCGCCAUCAAGGAGGGCAAGGAGAAGAAGGCCGCAGCCGAGUCGAGGAAGAAGGCUGAGAAGGCCAAGUCCGCUGCCAGCGCCGCGAGGGGACAGACGCAGAAGAUCCAGAGCAAGCAGGGCGCCAAGGGUGCGGCACCCAAGGUGCAGGCAAGGACCCGUUAAGUUUCGUUCGGAGUCGAGAAUGAUGAUGAUGAACUUUAACGGAGCUGGCUGGUGACAGAGGAAGGAGGAAGCGAGGAUGAUGCAUGCGAGCGGGAUUUCCGGUGUUUUCAUUACAAAGGAAAUGGGAGAUUAGGUUCCAGGGCGGGAUGGCAAUUACAUACAUCUUACUUUCUGAACCUGCGAAACCAUAGGCCUGGGUUCCCCUUUGCAACAACAACUUAGGGUCUGGCGAUAGGGCAAAAUGCAAUUCACGUCCUCACGACUUCCGAAUGGCGUCCGUGUACUGUGGAUAUGUGUAGGUUUGGCGGGUGGAGGAGCUAGGUGCUGGUCUGGUCAGGAGUGUAGAAGGGGCUCAAUGACAUGUAUUCAUCACGCUGACAUGCUG